AUGUCUUCUCGCCCUUCAGUCGUCGGCCCAGACUCUGGACCCGAACCCCCGUAUCCUCUUCACAUGGAAGGCAAGGUCAUUUCAGGUUUCGGUCGCGGGUCCAAAGAGCUUGGCAUCCCUACCGCCAACCUUCCCGUUGACGAAGCACUCACCCCCUGGAUCGCAGAAAUCGCUUCAGGUGUCUACUUUGGCUACGCCUCUCUCGCUCUCCCUUCGGAGCACCCCGAUGUCCCCUCUUCAGCCUCAUCUAAUGUCGCUACCCAAAGUGGUACAGAGGACGCUCUUCUCUCCACUGAAGCUCCCGCCAACCCUCCCUUCCACAUCUUCCCUAUGGUCAUGUCCAUUGGUUACAACCCCUUCUACAAAAACAAGGUUCGCAGUGCAGAGGUUCACGUGCUACACAAGUUCACCUCAGACUUUUACGAUGUGCCCAUGCGCCUGCUCAUUCUCGGCUUCAUCCGUGAGGAGAAGGACUACAAAAGUCUAGAGGCACUCAUCGAAGAUAUCAACUUCGAUUGCGAGGUAGCAAAGAAUAGUCUUGCCCGUGAGGCAUGGGCCCCCGAGAAGGGCCGAGUUAUCAGUGGCAAGGACGUAGGGGGCCGCUUGAAUGUUCAGUGGCUCGUUCGUGAUGCUUAA